AUGGCAAAUGAACUAAACGCUCAUGCGAAGCCACCUGCCAAGAUCCGGGAGGUCUACAAGAGAUUUCAGAAAGCGAAGCCAUUCGAACUGGGGAGCCAUCCCAGUGUCCUGCAAUUUGAUGCCAACACAAACACUCGGAAAGGAAUCGAUCAGCGAAGGCAAUGCGCACGACUGCCUACAGAGCUGCGUCAAGUCUUCUGCGAUUUUCUGAAGACCGAGGAUGGUCAUGAGCCCUCUUUAAGUGUAGAAGAGAAAGAAAUCUACGAGGUGGCUGAAAUCCCCGGUAAGAGCGACAUAAACAACAGAUCUGGCGCACGAGGCAUGUAUUGAGGUAGGUAGGUAGGUCUUUUGAUAUACCCAUCCUUCUUCCCUCGAGAGAUCCAACUUUCCCUCCUUGAGAAGCUCCUCCAUCGAGAUCUCUCCAAUCCACAGCAUCAGACCAACAUCCACCUCCACUACAACGUCCUCUACCCACCCGAGAACAAAUCAUUCUUUGCUGCUGCAGCCCGAGAUCUCCUAUUCCAGCCGAAAGACCCCUCCAUCCACAAGCCCUUAACAACCCCCCAACUUCUCAGUAAGAAGCUGCGUUGGGCAACCCUGGGAGGCCAAUACGACUGGACACACAAAGUCUACCCGACGACCGCACGUCCCGCCUUCCCCUCGGACGUCAAGAAUCUCAUCGAGGGAAGUUUUCCCAUGCGUGCCGAGGCUGCCAUCGUGAACCUGUAUUCUCCAGGCGAUACGCUGAGCCUGCAUCGGGACGUGAGCGAGGAAUGUGAUCGGCCGCUGGUGUCGGUAUCACUGGGCUGCGACGCGAUUUUCAUCUGCGGUCUGGAUGACGAAAGAGUCGUCGCGCUGAGAUUGAGGAGUGGAGAUGCGGUGCUCAUGAGUGGCGAGAGCCGGUAUGCAUGGCACGGAGUGCCGAGAGUGCUGGAAGGGAGCUGUCCUGAGUGGAUGGUUGAGUGGCCUGGCGAUCAACACGAGGACUGGAAGGGAUGGAUGAGAGGGAAGAGGAUUAAUCUCAAUGUGAGACAAAUGUUUGCCAAGACAGCGACGGAGGGGUAA